AUGCCUGAACCAGCACCACGACGGUCAUUAGCUGCACGACGUACAAGAAAACUCUCGGAAUUCGAUGCUGAUGUUGAUGAAAAAGAAAAUUCUCUUAAUGAUAGUCUUACUGGACGAAGGCAAUCACGUUUAUUGAAUAAUUCAUUCAAUGGUAUCGAUGAACCAGCUCAAACGCCGAGACAAUUAGUUGAUUUAUAUCAAAAAACAGUUGAAUUAGCAACGCAAGGAAAAAUCAAUAUUAAAAAUGCAUUUAGUAUUCCUCUGGUCGAACGUUUACCACAAAUUUUAAAUGCUAUUGCGCUUGAUGAUAAAGACAAUCAUAAUUUAGGUCCUAAUUUUGUUAAAGCUGGUUCGGUUAUUGAUACAAGUGCUAAAAUCUAUGGUUUCCGUGUUGAUGCUCUACAUACAGAAACUCAAAAAUUAAGUGGAAAUAUUUUAAAUAAUGAAGACGAACGAUCUGGCGAUGGAGAAAUUAAACAAGAAGGUCAAACAGAUGCUAAUGGCGACACUAUUGAUGGAGAACAAGGCGAUAUCAAAAAGCCAAUACGUCGUGUCAAAGCAAAAGCAACAACAUUUAUUUUAACUGAUUUAUCUAAAAUAACACUUGAGCAUGAAUUUGAAUUUCGUCCGUUACAACCACCACAUAUGUGUCAAUGGCGUGGAGGCAUCGGUGCAGAUUCUAUCUAUGCUGAGAUGGUAUCGAGUACAAUGUAUUCAUCAAGCGAUUUUCCACUUAUUGAUGGUUUUACAAAUGCAAAUGUUCAAGUCGAAGAACAAGAUACUAAAAUUAAUAGUAUCCUCGACUGUACAUUGAAUCAUAUGAUUGAUUUAUCAACACUACGUGGUGUUCUUAAGACAAACGAAGGACAUGAUCAUAUUCUUGGAAAUCAAACAUUACGUGAAUUUGUAUUUAAUGAAAUGCCAAGUGGUUCAUUUAUUGAUACAAUUCAUGAAAGUUGUUUGGCACAAAUGGAUGAAAGUUUGAAUAGAUCCUGUGCAAACAAUGAUGAUGUUGAUGAUGACGAUGGAUACAAUCACGAAGAAUUAGUUCACGCUGCUAUUGAUGAUCUCAACGAUGAUGCAUGUCACGCAAAUGAAGUUUUUAAAAAUGCUUUAAGCGAACUAAGUAAUCAAGAUCCAUCAAGUAUGCACUCAAAUUUGGGUAAUUUUCAAUCACAACAAUCAAUUAAUUCAAAUCUUCCAUCAACACAAGGCAUAUUAUCAUCAUCAUUUAUGAGUACAGUUUCGUUUGCUGAUCAAAUGCCAAGUUUAUUGAAUUCAAAAGAUGGUCAAUCAGAAUAUUCAUAUUUCGAUGCAACGAAACUAAAACUAUUUGCUGGACCGAAUAUAUGGAAAUUCACUAAUUUACUGAAUGCGACUGUACCAACAGCUAAUACUACAUCAGUCAUUCAACAACAAGCACCAGUGCUACCGCAUAAAGUUACUGGUAUAGCAAGAGAAGGAGGUGGUUCGAAACGAAAUAUUCGUGUUGAUACAUUUAAUCAAUUGCCUCUUGAUCAAAUUAUAUUGGGUUGUAAUAAUAAUGGUCGGGAUAAAAAAGCUGUUAGUACAAGUCAAAGGUCGACUGUAUUACGUAUGCGCGAAAAAAGUUUCAAUCAAAUGCAAUUGACUCGAAAAAUACGUCCAUUAAGUGAUUUAACAAAUUUCUAUAAUUUUCCUGAUUUAAGCAUUGAACAUUUGGAAUUAAUUAAUCAACGACGAGAACGACAGCAACAACAAACACAAGACUAUUACGAUCAUGACGAUUUCGAUCACAAUGAUGCUGGUCAUCACGACGACGACGGCCCAUUAAUAGAAAUGCACUUUGACUUUAUUCGCCCAGUUCAUUAUGAAAAAAUUGAAUUCGCCAAAGGUGCAUCAUCGGUUAAUGCCAAAAUACUCAAACGUCAAAUCAUUGAAGAGUUUACUCGUCAAAAAGUCGAACAACAACGUACUUUAUCCCUGGAUACGAGCACAGCAAGUCAACAAUCAUCAAUUUCAUCGUGUCAAACUCAAUCGCAGCCAGCUGUUGAAUUUUCAAUUCUAUGUGAAAAUCUUGCUGAUCAUGGUUAUUUAUCAUUACAAACAGAUUUAGCAUCGGCAUUUUAUUGUAUGUUAAUUAAUUGUAAUGAAAAUAAAUUAUUUAUGAAAAACAACUCAAAACGUGACGAUCUAUUUAUUCAAGAACGUCCAUUUGCUGAUCAACGAGAUAUUUCAGCAUUAUCAUAUUCUUAUACAAGCCAUUCAAAUUUAUCUAUUGCUAAUUAA